AUGAACGGGGCAGAGCUCAAAGUUAAGCUGAACACGGGUGCGUACAUCCCCAUGGUUGGCACCGGCUCGAACCCCACAUCACGUGAAAAUGGAUAUGAAGCACAGACAAAAGAGUGGCUCUUGACAGCUCUCAAGAACGGGUAUCGACACAUCGACACCGCCUUUUCGUAUGGUGCUCUAGAAUACGUCGAAGGGGUUCUCAUGCCCAAGAACGCGGACGGUACCUUCAGAACCACCGAGAGCGUGAAUUUCAACCAGUCCUGGGCCGAAAUGGAAAAGCUCCUCGAAACGGGCAAAGUGAAAGCGAUUGGUGUUAGUAACUUCUCCAUCAAGACUCUCGAAGAGCUCUUCAAGACGGCAAAAAUCACGCCGGCGGUUAAUCAGGUCGAAAUGCAUCCCUACCUGGCUAGGAACGAGCUCAGGAACUACUGUCGCUCGGUCGUUCGAGAGGAUCCUCUGAUUGUGAGCCUCGCGAAGAAGUACGGGGUGACUCCAACACAAAUCAUCCUCGCCUGGCACAUCUCUCGCGGCAAUGUCUUUGUCGCCAAGAGUGAGAACGACGAGAGGCAGAAAGAGAACAUCACAAUUCCGGUAAUCUCAGAGGAAGACUUGGGUAAAAUCUGGCAUCUCGACCGUGGGAUGGGGGUUUGCCCUGUUCCGACCUCGAAGCCGGGGGAGGCUCUUGGGUGGACAUAUGAGCGCCUUGGAUGGGAGCAUUUUCAUCCUAAGGUCUAG